UCGACAGUUCAAAUUUAGCAUUCGUUGUGAUCAUUACGAGAGCAAACGAAGCCUAAAAAUAUCAAAAUGUCUCUACUGCCGUUUUUCGACGACUUCAACUAUAUCUCUCGUCCAUCCAGACUUCUAGACCAACACUUCGGAUUGGGAUUGACGCCGGAAGACCUGCUCGAACCGAUGACAGUUCCCAGAUAUUUGACUCGUUGUCCCGCCGGUUACAUGAGACCGUGGAGAUCUGCAGCCUCUCAUUUGGAUGAAGGAUCGACAAUUCAGUUCGGCAAGGAUAAAUUCAACGUAAACCUGGAUGUACAACAGUUCAAACCUGAGGAAAUCAAGGUCAAAGUUGUCGGAGACAAUACUUUGAUGGUUGAGGCUAAGCAUGAGGAAAAGGAGGAUGAGCACGGUUUUAUUUCGAGACACUUUGUUAGAAAAUAUGUCGUGCCAAAGAAUUAUGAUAUUAGUCAGAUAAGCAGCAAGCUUUCAUCCGAUGGAGUGUUGAGCAUUUCCGCCCCGAAUGUUGAUGAUAAUGCCAUCGAACACCGGGAGAUUCCAAUCGAAAAAACUGGAGAGCCAGUAAGGAAAAUUGAACAGAAAAAAGAUGUAGAAAAAUAAGUUAAUAAAUUAAUUAAUUGAUAGAAGUUAAUAGGUUUACUUAACCGUUUUAAAUUUGAGUCUGAAUUUAAUAUCAAUGUUAAUUUGGUAUUUGAGUAUAUAUGUAUGAAUAUUUGUAUUUUAAUAGUAAGACAAUAAAGAAUAUUUAAUUCUA